AUGAAGAAGGUCAUUGCCCUCGUGUCGGGCGGCAAGGACUCGUGCUACUCGAUGAUGGAGGUGGUGGCGCAGGGUCACGAGCUGGUGGCCAUUGCCAACCUGCACCCUGUGGACGAGGAGACGGACGAGCUGGACUCGUACAUGUACCAGACGGUGGGCCACUCGCUGAUCGCGGCGUAUGCAGAUGCGCUUGAUGUGCCGCUCUUUCGUCGCGGCAUUGCGGGCUCGUCGGCAAACAAGGACAAGGUGUACAGACCGACCGAGGGCGACGAGGUCGAGGAUCUCCGUGCGCUGCUGCUCGAGGUCAAGGCUGCUGUGCCCGAGGCCGAUGCCAUCGCUUCGGGCGCCAUUCUCUCCGACUACCAGCGAACCCGGGUGGAGCAUGUUGCGUCGUCGCUCGGACUUGCCUCGUUUGCCUACCUCUGGCAUCGUUCGCAGGACCUCUUGCUCGACGCCAUGAUCGAGUCCGGCAUAGACGCCAUCCUCGUCAAAAUCGCCGCCAUGGGCCUCGCCGUCGACCGCCACCUCGGUGCGCACCUUGCCGACAUCCGCGACCACCUGUUCUCGCUCAACGCCAAGUACACGUCGCACAUCUGCGGCGAGGGCGGCGAGUACGAGACGCUCACCCUUGACGCCCCGCUCUUCACCUCGCGCAUCGUGCUGACCGAGACCACCACCGUCGUAGUCGACGAGUCGAUGUUUGCACCCGUCGCGCACCUGACUGUCAACGGCUUUACCCUCGAGGCGAAGGAUCCCGCAGUCAGGGCGGAGCAGCUUGCGCAGAUGCGGGGCGUCCUGGCGGCUUCGGCUGCCGCCGAGAUCGAGGCCCGCAAUGCGCGGCGUGCCUUGCCCGGGCUUGCCGCCGCCGCCACCGACACGCCACUCGCGGUCCCGGCCAUGGUCGGCUAUAGCCAGGCCGGGCAAGGUGGCGCGCCGCCGGCCCAGCUGCGGGUCACCGCACUCGCGCCCGAGACGCGGCUGGUGGCGCUGCAGGCGUGGAGCGCGCCGGCAGCGUCACUCGAGGACGAGGUGGCGGCGGUCAUGGGAGCACUCGCUGACGGACUGGCGUCAGUUGGCGCGAGUUGGAGCGAUGUUGCGUUUACUUCGAUCUUCACCCAGGACCUUAGCCAGUUUGGUGCUAUCAACGCGGCGUACGGCCCGUACUUUGGGGUCAAUCCGCCUGCGCGGGCGACGCUCCAGCUGCCGCUCGCCGGUGAUGCUCGGCUCAAGAUCGAGAUGUGGGCAGCGGUCAACUCGUGCACGCCAGCCACGCUCCACGUCCAGUCGAUCUCGCACUGGGCGCCAGCCAACAUCGGCCCGUACUCGCAGGUCAAGGACGUCGACGGCGUGCUGCUCAUGGCCGGGCAGAUCGGAAUGGACCCCGCGUCGAUGGUCAUUCCGCAACCGGCCUCGGCGGCGGGGGAGGCUGUCCAGAUUGUCGCCAACAUUGAUGCCGUGCUCGAGGUGAUGGCUUCCGGGCCAGCCGGCGUCGCUUCGGCGCUGGUUUGGGCCAACAGCCUCGACGACGCUGCCAACGUGUACAUGCCUGCGUGGCGGGCGUACCUUGCCGACGCGGUCACGGGCAUGGCGGUGCUCGCGCACUCGCCGUUCCUCCCGCGGUCGGCACUUCUCGAGGUCCAGGUCCUGGCUGUCACGACAGCACUCGACGACGACCUCUCGCCGGUCACGACGGGGAGUGCGGACGGCGUCGCGCCGGGCGUCAGCCUCACCACCGCCACGCGAUCGUGGAGUACGAGUGCCGGCUCGCCUGCCUCGCUCCUGCUUGCCAACGUGUACGCUACAGACGGAAGCUGCGAGCGCGACGCUGACGCCGCUGUGACCGCACUCGCCGCGGGCCUGGUCGCUGCCACCGAGCGCGCCGCUGUGCCGCCGUCGCUGGUCCGGGUCUACCUCCCCACAGCACUCGACGCCAGCGCAGUCCAGGCCGCGCUCGACACCGUGGCAGUCUGCCCCGUCUCGGUCCUGCCUGUCGAGGGCGCGGUGGCGGUGACGUUCGACGCCGACUCUUCGCUGGCAAGUGUGCCCGACGCCGGAUCCAUCAUGGCGGUGCUCGAGCUGUCUUCGCUUCCGUAGCAAGCAGGUAAAGCACAGCAAGCAG